AUGACGCUGCUCAUGGUGCCCAUGCGGCUGAUGGAAGUGGAGACGCGAGUGGCUCCAGAAACGGCCUUGCUGCGGCGAGAGGCGGUCUGUGCGUCUCAGUUCUCAGGGCUCACGGCUGGCGUUUCUUUCCCCUUGCAGUACUUGGGGUGCAUCGAAGUUCUGCGCUCCAUGAGGUCGCUGGACUUCAGCACCAGAACGCAGAUUACCAGAGAAGCCAUCAGCCGGGUCUGCGAAGCCGUGCCGGGCUCAAAAUCUGCCAUGAGGAAACGUGCUCCUCCGAGCAAAAUGCUGUCCAGCAUCCUGGGCAAGAGGAACCUGCAGUUCGCGGGGACGAGCAUCUCCCUGACCAUAUCCACCGCCAGCCUGAGCCUGCGGACGCCGGACUCGAAGCAGAUCAUAGCCAAUCACCACAUGCAGUCCAUCUCCUUCGCCUCCGGGGGGGACCCGGACACAACAGACUACGUUGCGUACGUCGCUAAGGACCCCGUUAACCGCAGAGGUGAGUCAGUGCGUGCCCUUUGUCACCUCGUACCGUGCUGUGAAGGGCUGGCCCAGGAUGUCAUCGGCUCCAUCGGACAGGCCUUUGAGCUCCGGUUCAAGCAGUAUUUGCAGUGUCCUUCCAAGAUCCCUGCUCUCCACGACCGAAUGCAGAGUCUAGAUGAGCCAUGGACUGAAGAGGAGGGUGACGGCUCAGACCACCCAUACUACAACAGCAUUCCAAGCAAGACGCCUCCUCCAGGGGGGUUUGUGGAUGCUAGACUGAAAGCCAGACCCCCCCACGGCCCUGACGUGGCCCAGUUUGCAGGGAAAGAGCAGACUUACUACCAGGGGAGACACUUCGGAGACCCGUUUGGAGAAGACUGGCAGCAAGCACCUGCCAGGCAAGGGGCCUUGGACAUCUACAGCGUGCCUGCUGGGAGAUCGCCCGUGGCCACCGCCGGAGAGGCCCCCGCCUACGUCAACACGCAGCGCGCCCCGCGGCAGGCCCGGCCGGCCGCCGGCAGCAGCGCAGAGAGCAGCCCCAGGAGAGACCUCUUCGAUAUGAAGCCUUUCGAAGAUGCUCUCAAGAACCAGCCGUUGGGGCCUGUGCUGAGCAAGGCGGCCUCGGUGGAGUGCAUCAGCCCCGUCUCACCCAGGGCCCCGGACGCCAGGAUGCUGGAAGAGCUGAGAGCGGAGCCUUGGUACCAGGGGGAGAUGAGCAGGAAGGAGGCAGAGCGGCUGCUGAAGACGGAUGGAGACUUCCUGGUCAGGAAGAGCGCCACCAACCCCGGCUCCUUUGUCCUCACUGGCAUGCACAACGGCCAGGCCAAGCACCUGCUGCUCGUGGACCCAGAAGGCACGAUCCGGACAAAGGACAGGAUCUUUGACAGCAUCAGCCACCUCAUCACCCACCACCUGGAGAACAGCCUGCCCAUCGUCUCCGCCGGGAGCGAGCUCUGCCUCCAGCAGCCAGUGGGAAGGAACCCGUGACCCACCAGCUGCCCUGCCCAACACCGCGCCUGGGGUCAAGCGGACUCAGUUCUCGGUAGAUGGGUAAUCGGGCCACGGGAGCUCGAGCAGCUGACCACUGGCUCUGAGCUUCCUCCAAACGCCCCAGGAGGAAAGCCUCCCUGAAAUUCAAGUUUCAUAAACUUGUUCUGAAUUCUCAUGUGCAUAUGAAGGUGUACAUACCUAUACAGCCUGUACAAAUUGUCCCUCUAUAUUUAUAUUUUUUAAGACCCAGAAAGAUGUAAGACUAAUGUUCUGUGCUGUCUGUUUUUAACGAAAAAAAAGUUUGACUGUAGUUGUCCGGGCAAAAAUGUUAGUCAACUGACCCAUUCCACUGGGCAAGUCCACUGGGCAGGUGUUACCCACUAAGCACAACACAGAAGCGGCGGGAGGGUCGGUGAUAAGUGCUUGGAAUUAUCGUAGCAUAAGGCGCCUAGCUCUGCAUGGAAAGGGCUGUGAAGUGCUGGUUCUGACGGCCGUCCCUCCUCCUUGCCACACCUCCCAGUCGGUGUGCAUCACACCUGCAUGCAAGGCGUUUCCGGGACCAGGGUGUUCGUGCCGCUGCACUGAAGAGCAGGCGUUAGUAUCCGGCUGUAUCAGGCAGCGCUGAGCACGGGAAUGCUGUCUCCCAUGACCCUGGCUGGUGGUCCAGGGGUUCUUGGGGAUUCACUUUACUGCCAAAUGUGGCAUAAAAUCAGCCUCACUGAUCAAGAUCUUGGCUGGUAAAGGCUUCCUUCGUUUUUACCUGUAUGAUGACAAAACCAGGCUGUGUGGAGGGGCAGCUGGGGGCUUGUACAUCCUGUUAGCUAACAGGCUGCUGCAGGACCUGCUAGUGAACUGCCCCCCGGCCCCGCUUAUAUUCAGUAGAGGACAAAGCACGUGCAGGAGCUGUGCCGGGAAGACAGGUACAGACACCCACUCAGAGUCAGACCUGGGAACAUUCCAGCAGCCGUGGCUGAUUCAGCUUGGCCGGAAGCGAGGGGCCAGACGCAGGAGUUUUGGGGAUCAGUUCGAGGUCCCGCUUCUGGAGAGGUUGGUGGGUGGAGUGACUGUUUGUCGCUACAACAGGUUUCCCAGCUGCUCCACGGAGAGGGUGCGCGCCUGUCCCGGCUCCUCCCUUCCAGAUAAAAUACUCAGAUUUCCUACUGUUUCAUUUGGUGUGAGGACGUUUGUAACUUAAAAAAAAAGUCUGGCUUGACAUCACCAUGUGCUUUAACAGAUGUCUUUUAAAAGAGAGGACGAUUCAUUCAUUCGUUGGCACCUUCCCGCUGGUGCUACAGCGUUGGCGCUUGUCCCAUGAAAUCCCACUGCGUGCGGCUCCCCUUCCUCCCGCAGCAUGGAGACACUGCCCACACGCUUAGCGCUGGGUGGCAGGACAUCCGAUGCUUCUAGGAUGAGGAGUUAAGGGUAGAUUUUUAAAACUCUGGUGAGCAAAAAAAAAACUUCCUCCAAGUUAGAAUGCUGGGCUUGUGAACCCCGCAUCCACUUUUAGGGUGUGUGUGGCCGGGACGGAGGACGGGGCAGAGCUGUUGAGUGAGGAUGGGUCGGGGCAGGGCCAGGGCCUCGUCUUGGCCUUCCGUGGAGUUCCUCCCCCUUGAGGGCCCCAGGAAUCCAGUCGGCUGUGACUUCAGUCUUCUAGGAUGUUCUCCAGUGACCAGGCAGGUCU